AUCAAUGAUAGAGAGGACCAAGAAGAACCGCAAGAUGAUGAUGAAGAAAUCGAUGAUGACGAUUACGAAAACGAUGAGGUCUGUGAUUUAGAGAAGAAAAAUGCCAAAACAACGAGACCUAAGAAGUGCAGCACAUCUAUACGAACAAUACAGCAUAUUAACUCAUCUACAAUAGCUGCUGUAGCUUCUUUUCAUCGUAAUAUAGAAGAUGGGGACGCAGAUGACGAAGGCGAUGGGAAUGAAGAUGAGGAAGAGAGACAAGUACAUGAAAGGCAGAUUGGGCGAAAUGUACCUGUGUCAUCUGCUGAGGCUUCUGGCAGUUGUCUUAUCUCCAGGUUAAAUCCUGUCGAAGAAGGGGAGAGUGAGCCGAGGGAAGUGAUUGAGGAGGGCGAUGACGAUGAUGAUGAUUUGUCAGCUUGCCUACUUGGAAUCGCAUGUUCCGCCACACCUGGGGACUUGGGACUAGUAAAAUCAAAUUUUGAAUUUCCCAAGUAUGUCAUCUACUCCUAG